CGUCCCCCCAAACGAUCCACAGUCGCGCUUUAGUCCGGUUAGCUGAACGUAGUUUGCUUGUGUUUUAUUAUUUAUUAUUUUGAAUGUUGUUUACAUAUUGAGAACAGUGUUUCAAUUUAUUUAUUGGAUUGUUGUAUUACUAGUGAAUCGGCGAAAUCGUCUAUUUUCGCAUGGAUUGAGUGACGAUGUUACCACCUACGGCCGGUAUAGCACAAGAUCAACGUGACCGGACCGACAUGGCGUAUCAACAACGACGCGACGUACGAGAAAUUACAAGAGACAUUAUAAGAGAGGCUCGUGUGACAAACAGAAAACAAUCUAUGUCGCCUGGAGUUUCUUUUUCUGUGACAGCACGUGAUCGUUUCCCUUCCACGUCCUCAACGGACGACAAUGAGUCGGGUACGGAUGGAGAGCUCGAGAGACGGAGGGUCUCACAUGGUGCACACAUCGUACAGCCACCUGGUGGCAUCAUAGUCCGGAAGCGACGAGGGAACCUUCCAAAACAUUCAGUGAAGAUAUUAAAGCGUUGGCUGUAUGAACACCGCUACAAUGCUUAUCCCAGCGAUGCCGAGAAACUAACCCUCAGUCAGGAAGCUAACCUCACAGUACUACAGGUAUGCAACUGGUUCAUAAACGCCCGUCGUCGCAUCCUCCCGGAGAUGAUCCGUCGCGAGGGUCACGACCCCUUGCACUACACCAUCUCCCGCAGAGGAAGGAAGCAGUUGGGUGCAGGGUCCAGCUCACAGGCCGCAGCGUGGGACGGGGAGGGCGAACACGAGGGAGAGGGCGAGGGCGAUGGAGACCGCGGCCGCGAUCACGACUACGGCGACGGUCUGCUGGUGUACCGCAGCGACGGAGACGAGGCGGCGGACGCCGAGGAGGGCUACUCCUCCAGCGCCAUCUCCGAGGAGGAGGUCAAGUACGACCCCUCCGUGUGGCAGUCCGUCAUACGGUACGGGCCCGAGGAUAGGGACCUGCAUCCCGCGGCCAGAGGAUCAGCGGCGGUGGUGACAGUGCGGACAGCGGAGGACGGGGAGGCGGAGGUGUCCCCGGGGGGCGGCGCCGGGGGUUGGCACCCUCAGCUGGCUCAUCUGCCGCAGCUGCCUCACCCGCUGCGCCGCAAGACUGACGAACGUGACAAGUUUAAAUGCCUGUACCUCCUCGUGGAGACGGCCGUGGCGGUUCGUCAGAGGGAACAGGAACAGGAGGAGGUCCCCGUCUAGCGAUACAAGUUCGUGCAUUCAUCGCUUGCGGUAUGAACCAAAUAAGAUCACUGUCGUCUCAUCAAUCGUCUCCCGAGUGUGUUAAAUCGGAGUUACUUCCAUUCUGAACGAGUCCACGCGAGUCGCCACUCCAACAUACCGACAAUGUCAGCCACUCGUCCUAACGUUUGUUUCUCUAUGGAUGGGGUUCGGUUUUCGUGUAAAGAUGCUUAUUAGUUGAUUAUAUCUUAAUCGUUUCUAGUUUGUCUUCGAAGUUGGCUAAAUAGUAAAUAAUUUUUAAGUUAUAAUAUGUUGUUUAAGGUUGUCCCCAUCCAUAGACAAAAUUAAUAAUAUACACACACUACGCAUGUAGUACUGUAACAUAUGGUAUUGCUUUUAUAUAGAUCGAGGAUCUUAAAAUAACAGAAAAAUAUUAAAAUACAUACAAACAUGUAUAGUUGUAUGUCUGAGACAAGAUUGUUCUUUGUCAUUAACUAUGAAUAUCAAAUUUUCGUUGUGUUCAUACUAUGUGUCCUAUAUUACAUUUUGUCAUUUUAAGAUUCAUGAUCAUAAUGUAUGUAUGUAUGUUUUAAACGAGAUAUUGAUAUUGUAGUUUGUGUAAUCACAUGCCAUGCCAAUGUAGACUAUUGUGUUACUGUAAUAGAGUCUAUAUCUGUACCACAUUAGAACCUUCAUGUAGGGUGGAUUUGUAAAGACAUACAAACCCUGAAUGUAUAUUAAGAAGUGUUAGUCAGAGCCCGAAGGAACAUGAAAUACAUGGACACAGAAUUUGACUUCAUUUCACAAAGAUACAUCACCAACAUCAUUUUAUUAAACACAUAAUUACUUAUAAAUAUAACCUAUGUAACUUACUCGUCUCAUUCUAUUGUUUCCUGUCUCAUAAAAUAUUCUCAAAGUUCAUUUAACCAAAAACAAUACAUGUAUGUUUAAAAAAAAAAUUAUUACUCUAUGACAUUACAUACACAAAAAACCAAAUUGUAAAAUGAAAUGUUCAGGUGACACGCAAAGGUCAGAAAACAGUAUGUGCUUAAUAUAAAAUACGUUUAAAAAAAAAACAAUAAUAAAAUUUACUAUUAAGUUCCCGCAACACAAGUAUUGAUGAAUAAAAUAUUCUAUAUAUAUCUUCUGUAACGUAAUUGGUAUGCUAUUUAUAUAUUUUAUUAUGUAUCAUUACACAUGUGAGGUUCACAUCAUUAUAAGUGAUAACAUUUCAUCCCCGUGUAUAAAUAAAUCUAUAAACAAAAAGCUUUAAUGUAACGCAAUAAUGAUAUGUGAUGUAAGUCUCGUGACUGUUGCGACGGAAACUGGUUUAUUGUACUAGUAAUAUGAGACCCAGACAUUAUUUACUUAAUAUUAAUAUUUUAUUUGCUGCAUAAAUUCUUCUAUAUUACUGAGACGAUAACGACCCUUCUGUCGCGAUAGUUAUUUAACUGUAGUAAAAUGUGUUGUCACAACACUGGAUGCUUAAUGGGAACUCUAACAUCGAGUGAGAGGUAAGCGACGGAAUGUAAGUAAAUAAUGUUAUAAUUAAAUGAUAAAUUUGUAAUCAUAUACAUUUUUAGAAAUAUACUCAUAGUCCUGGUAGAGAAUAAGUCAAGUAUGUUCCUGGUGUUAUUUGGAGCGGCGUGUUCUGUUACCACAAGUGUUCCUCGCACUAAACACGGAGUUUCCCGUUUGAUGCGACCUUGUGGCGUAACGUUUCGUAUCUUAAAUGGUUAGUCGCCAACCAGCGACCUCUAGCGUUGUAAUAUAACGGUUAGUUUUAUUUCGUUCUCGUCGAGCUGACAUAAGUAUUUCUUGGGUAAUCCUAGCUUUUAAGUUUUUAUGGUGACUUAGUUGUCCGUCUGGAGGAUUCAUUUCAUUGUGAGUACAAUAACCUGACCUUAGUUCUUAGUACUGUAUAUAAUGUGUAAGUUCGUAACUUGUUAGUGAUUUUAAAUAAAUAUGAUUUCGGAAA